AUGCACACGCUUCUCUUCCUCUCGACUAUAUCCCUCGCCGCUGCUACAACCAACAAAGGCCUGGGGUAUUUGCAGUGUGCGUCCUCCAUCGCCCGCACCUACCACAACACAGAAUGCACCUCCCCCUCAGCCCUAGACUGUUUCUGCAACGCGCCCUUUAACCCAGAUACCUUGGACCAGGAGACAUUGGAUAAUUGUGCAAGUGAGGGUGUCUCCCCCACUUCAAUCCCCACAUACAUCUGCUCCGAUACCACCGUCCCCGUCCCCGCCAGAAAAGGAAGCACGCCUAUGAUGCGCGUUGCCGGGCCCAGCAAUGCAUCUACUAACGAUAGCUUGGAGACAAGCGACAAGGAGAGGAGUACCGCAGAUACAUACACAACAAGGAAGAGCAAUCUGCGAACGGCACCAGUCGUCAACACUAACACCGCCAAUACGGAUAUGAACGAUGUGGAUGAUAUGAACAUGACUGCCGAGGAGAUGAGGAACAUGGAUAUGAGGCGUGCAUACGCCCCAGAUCCAGACACAGAGAUGGAUACAGAUACAACAAAUAUAGAAGAGAACACAGAUACCCAAGAAGCCACAGACACAAACACAGAACCCACUACAACAAUCCCCCACCACCACAACGUCCACAUGACCGACGCCUCCAACGCCAACGUCGUCUAUAAAGUCUUCACCGAGACACGUACAGACUGUGCCUGUGAUCUACCGGGGUAUAGUUCUCCCACUGCGCCUGUUGGUGUCGAGGGCACGAAUGUAAAUGUCCCUGCUACGCAGACUGGGGCUACAGCAGCCACUGGAGCUAGCACGGGGGUGGUGGAUGGGGUUAUGGUUACUGCUACUGCUACUGCUACCGCUACCGCUACUGAUACUGGUGCUGCUACCAGCUCAGCAACAGAUGAGGCGGGGGGUAGUUCCUCGACGGGACUGUUUGCGACGUUGGCAUCAUCAUCAUCAUCAUCGGCUGGGAGUGUUGCGGGGACGUCGUCUGCGGUGGGGGCGGUGCCGAGUGGAGUUGAUUCGUUGGAGAAUGGGGGAGAAGGGGAUGAGGAUGAUUAUGGGGUGAUGUUUACGGGAGGUGCUGGUGCUGUGGGUGGGAGAAGGUCGGUGGUGGGGAUGAUGGUGGUUGCGGGGUUGGCUUGGGGGUGGAUACUUUCCUGA